AUGCGUUUCACUUACUUCAACGCUGUUGUUCUAUUUGCUUCACCGCUCCUCGGAAAAACUUUAAUGGGAUUGUGUUCCCCAACGACAGGCUUGUGUUAUAUAAAGGAGAAGAGUCACAAGCAAGGUUGGCAUUGCGAUACGCCAUGCCUUCCUCCAUUUCUUUGCGGAAUGCCUGGAAAGUCAAUCAAAGUGUGGUGCGGGUUUAUACCCUAA